AUGGACGUGUUAAGUCCAAAGGUUUGUAGGAGAUUCUGCGAAAAGGCAACUGUUGAUUGGCUUUUAAGUGACAAAGAAGUCGUAAACCAGAUUGAUUGGUUAUUUAGUCAAAAGCUAUUAGAAGGAUCAAAUGAAUUCUGUGCUGCCUUUGGACAAAGCCAAAACGUCAAGCAAAACAAUUUCUAUUGUUCUAAUCCUCAUAUAUUUUGGUUGUUUGAGGAAAAAAUUUUAAGAUUGCAACCCACAGAGAAGGAUAAAGAGGAAUCAUCACCCCAAUAA